AGCGCAGCGAGGGCGAGCUCUGACGCGCUCGACUUCACGUGAGCUCUGUGGAGGACGCGAACUUUCGUGCGUAAACCGGGAGAACCAGCAGCAAAGGCGCUGCGGUUCCCGCCACCCACCGAAGGCGGCGCGUGAGCUGGAGCUGAAGGGGGGGGGAAUUAAAAAAAAACUCCACGGACAUCCUGGUCUGUACCACUUGAAGGAAAAGCCGGAGUGGAGGGAGGGGAAACCAAGAGGCAGCUAAGCCGGAGGAUUGGCGGUUCCUCGGGAGUUUCCAGGCAGAGGCGGGCAAGAAGCAAGGACCGCAACGGCUUGGUCGCUCGAAAACCAACGGCAGAAUUAAGUGAUUGUAACCCCAAAGGUUUAGAAGACUUUUGGAAAACUAAAUCUUGUUUCUACAAGAUCAGAACUGAAUUAAAUGGCUGAUAAACAGAUUAGUUUACCUGCCAAGCUGAUCAAUGGAGGCAUAGCUGGGCUCAUUGGAGUCACCUGUGUGUUUCCUAUUGACUUGGCAAAAACACGUUUACAGAACCAACAAAAUGGCCACAGGAUGUACACCAGUAUGUCUGACUGCCUUAUUAAAACAAUCCGGUCUGAAGGAUAUUUUGGGAUGUACAGAGGGGCUGCAGUGAAUCUAACACUUGUGACUCCAGAAAAAGCCAUCAAGUUAGCUGCCAAUGAUUUCUUUAGGCACCAUUUGGCCAAAGAUGGAGCCAAGUUGACGCUGCUGAAAGAGAUGCUGGCCGGUUGUGGGGCAGGGACCUGCCAGGUGAUUGUCACUACUCCCAUGGAGAUGCUCAAAAUCCAGCUACAAGAUGCAGGCCGAAUUGCUGCUCAGAAGAAGUCAAUGAUAGGACAAGCUCAGCUCAGCCCAUCAUCCACCGGCACUGGAGCUGCAGAGUCAGUGGUAGAGACGCGAAUGACAGCAAUGCAAAUCACAAGAGAUUUGCUUCGGAGCAAAGGCAUUGCAGGACUGUAUAAAGGACUUGGAGCCACGUUGCUCAGGGAUGUCCCAUUUUCCAUUAUUUAUUUUCCACUGUUUGCCAACCUGAAUAAACUGGGGCAGAAGAGCCUUGAUGUCAAGGCUCCUUUCUAUGUCUCCUUCCUGUCUGGAUGUGCGGCAGGCAGCACAGCAGCCGUAGCUGUCAAUCCUUGUGAUGUAAUCAAGACAAGACUUCAGUCCUUGCAGAGAGGAGUCAAUGAGGACACAUAUUCAGGGAUAAUAGACUGUGCCAGGAAAAUCUGGCGUAAUGAGGGUCCCUUAGCCUUUUUUAAGGGGGCAUAUUGCAGAGCCUUGGUCAUUGCCCCACUCUUUGGUAUUGCACAAGUUGUCUAUUUCAUCGGCAUUGCUGAAUUCUUCCUCGACAUGUUUCCAAGGCAUCAGGAUUAACCUCUCACCCUUCUUCUCAUCCAAUUGGAAUUCAUCAUAGUAUUUUUGUCAUUGUGAUGUCAGAGCAACGGCACAAAGGGUUCCAAGCAGUAAUAGUGGGAAUGAAUGUUGUCUCUAAAGUUAUUUUUCCUCAUAUCAACAUGGCCCUGAGGAGGGAUACCUAAAUAGUCAUAUCUGUUUUUUAAUUAUCAAUUUUAAAGACACUGCUUAACACAGACUGUCCAACUGGCCUGUUGUUCCUCUUGUCUAGUGGAAGAUGAGCUGCCUCUCCCCUUUUCUGGAACUGCCAACAACUCAAGAAGGAGCAAAAGAACAGAAUGUGUUUCCAUGCCUCUAUUCUUGGGGUUAAGUCUCUGGGGAAAAGAAUCGAUUGGUACCCAAUAAAAGGGAAGUCAGUUUGACCCAGACAAUUACUGAGAUCAAAAUAUUUGUUUUUAGAUGAGUCUCCUAAACAUUCCUUCUCCAAAUUAGCUGGACUUAAUGAACUUUUAAAUAUUAAGAAAGGGAAAGCUGCAUCUUAAUGUUUUGAUUUUAUGAAAUGAUCACCUUCAUAAUAGGUCCAUGCGGGAAAAUGUACUCAGGACAACUGUGCGUUUGCCCUCUAAAACCUCAUCUUUUGGAAAUGUCCAGGUUCAUGAAUUACCUGUGAGCCAUGACAGUUGGGGGAAACCAAAUUAUUUGAGGGUUUGUUUGUUUUUUAAUGCUGGAUAAAACUCUAGUCUAGUAACAUAAAUACUCUUCUCUUUCAGCCUAAGAUGCUGCUCUCCAUGCUACUUUUCACCCCAUCCUGGGUUUCACAUGUCUGUGUCUUUUAACUUGGGUAUAGAAUGUGUUUAUUGCUCCCUUAUUUUUGUUUGGGACCAUAGCAAGACCAAAGGCAACUGAACUCUCUUGUGGCUGGUCAGUGCUACAAAAAAGGUGGAGAACAGAGCAUGAGGAAGGAAAACCUUGUAUGUUUCUUUAGACACACCAAAGUCAAAGAUGUUUAACCUAUAUACCAGCAGAUUAUCAUUUUUUCUCCUGAACAACAAAUUGCAUUUUUGAGAUGCCAGUUUUUAUUGUAAAGGGGAAGUUUGCAUAUUUAUUAUUUUCAUAAAGUCAUCCAUGCAUUUAUGUUCUCAUUUUAAACUGGUUUUCCGUUGUUUUUCCCUUGCAUUUGCUGUUUCAGUGGAAAAAGUCAUUCUGUUAUUGGCUCUUUCUUUUUUUGUUCUUGGCUUUGGUUAAUUCAGUCAGCUGCUUUUUUUUGAUUAUCCUUUUUGAAUAUCAACAUUGGGAGACAAAUUUUUAAAAAACAAAAGAUUUUCUCUUUAAAAAUUACAACACUUUUAGUCUUAGGGGACUGAAGAUCCAAUUUUUGGCAUGUUUUUGCUUGCAUUUUGGACUUCUUGUCUCUGCAGAUUGCUUUAGUUGCUAGUAUCUUCAUGUCAUUCUAUAGAAAGAAUUUUUAUCACAGCUGUCUUCAUUAUUCAGAAAUCUUCUUGGAUUCCAAAUCUGAAUGUUAACUAUGUUCAUAUUCCUUAUGAGAUCUUUUGAAUAAUAAGGAUUUUUUAAAAUGCAAUUAAUUUUUCUACUUGCUCUUUCAAAUUCAGUGUAAAACCAUGUCUGUUUUGGAAAAUUAGUUGUAGGAUUGAAGAUGGUCAAAUAACUGUGGGGCAGGUAAGACUGGUUUAGAAUAGAAGCUGUAUUUAAUAAUUUGUUUCCUGUGACACAUAUUUUUUCUUUACUUUAAGGUUUUUUUUAUAAACAUUUAAUCAUGAUUUAAAACUUCUUUUGCAAUAUUUCUUUCACCCAGCUAAUUAGAUAUCACUUCAAAAACAAAAACAAAAAUACCGCCUUAAGGUUUCAUUUUAAACCAAGAAAUAUAAUGGCACAUAAUAUUUGAAUUCAUUGCAACAAUAUAUUUUGAUAUCAGAAAUUACGCAAAAAUGUGGGUUUUUAGGAAGCACAAAAUUAGCAUUAGUUGAUGCACUUUAAUAAGUAAAGUUUAGAUCCAUAUUUUAAUUAACAUUUGGUUAUAUGAAAACUUUAAAAAUAUAAUUGUCAUUUUUAAAAAAAAGAAUUAAAUGUUUAAUAUCCUUUACAAUAGUGUCUAUAAGAUUAACGGUCUGAGAUUCUAUCUUAAUUCCAAGUAAACCUUUGCUUGGGUGAAAGCAUGGAUAAAGAAAAUUAUUUAUACCUCAACUAGGGCCAGAUUAAUAAAAUUGCCACUAGAUUGCAGCUGCAUGUUUUAUCAGGCAGGUUUCCUGCUGAGUUGUGGGUCAGCAGUACUGCUAGAAAAGGAGAAAAAGCACUAUUUGUGGGCAAGGAAAACUUGACCAUGUCCCAGAUGUAGUAAAAUAAGGUGUCACUAUUUCACUACUUCAUAUUAUCUAGCAAUGUAACACUUAACGCUAAUAUUUUUAAGGCAUGCUUAUGCUGCAGAGACAAUCUAAUUGGAGUGUAAUUAAUGUCAAUGUUUGUCAAAGGGGCUUGGGGCUCCGUGGAGCCAUGGUUAGUUGGGUUCUUUUCUUGUAGGGAAAUUGUGAAUCACUUUGGUAUUGACUGUCUCUUAGGUUUCUUGAUUUCCAAAGGUUUACUUGCAAGUGCUCACUUUAAAAAGAAACCCUCACAAUGUGACUUCAAGCAUAUUUUAAGUUAUGGAAGUUUUUUGUCUUGUUUUAGCAGAUUUGAGUUUUUCUACUUAAGGUCCAAGAGCUUUGACAGGCCUCUUGCAGCCUAUGGUGACUUUUGCACAUUCCAUGUAACACAGUUGUAUUUAGGAUAAUCUCGAUAAAGCAAAAAGAUUAAACUGACAAUGAAUUGCUUGUAUUAUUUUUAAAUGUGUGAUGCUGUGUGCUAUUUAGCCUGUGACGACCAACACUGGAUGACAUUUGCAAUGAAAAUAAGAUGAUGUCCAUAGGUGAACUCCUCUUUAUUUUUAUACAGUGAGCUUUCCAUUGCUUCUCUUUAUCAAUCUGUAUUUCAAUAUUUGCAUGAAAGCACAGGAACUUGUUGGCAAGUCAAAGCUCUCUUAAUUGUCUGUUUGGAAAAAGAUGUGCUGGAAGUGAACAUCUAAAAAUGGCCUCUUGGUAUAGUAGGGUUGGGGACUGCCUUAGAAGAAAACUGUGUAGGCCCUGCCUCUAGCAAUAUCCACCUAGAGUUUGGAUGGUGAUGAUCAUUAGGAAGGGAAAUUGAGAACUGGUGUAUAUUAGACUGAGGUUGAAUAGAAGUUAAUGGUGUUGGGCUUUUAAUUGAAUAAUGUGGAUGUGAUUUUGAGCUUUUUCUGCUUUUACUUUGGACAUACAAUGGAAGACAAUGUGUACAACAUAAAAUGCAUAUAUACAUUCUGGUCUACAUAAACUUGCUAUCUAAUACAUGAUAUCACAUUUUAUAUUCUUCCCCACUAGUGUAACAUCAAUAUAAAGCUCAAUCCUAGGUCUAAUCAUGUGCUGGUUAGUUGUCAUUUUUAAAAUUGUCUCUGACCACAUUUUUGUCUGUACUCAGAGGGUACAAGUGGGUUAAACAGGUAAUAUGUCUUAGCCACUGCAUGCUAACUGAGAAGCAACAAAUUUUCAGUACUACGUUUCAUUUACUAAAUACGGCUUAAGUAUUCUAGAUCUUGUGCAUAAGAGCUCAAAAAGGACUCUGGUUGAUUAAAUAAUAGUACCAUUAAACAUGAUAAUAGCAAAUGUAGGCUAUUUGCUGAUCCCUUCUCAAGUUCUAAAAAUAUAAUGCUAUUUAAUUAAAAUGGGCAUUGUGGAUUAAACAUAAUUUUAAAAGCUGGCGGAGGUGGGUAGGUGUCUAGAAGAGAUUUGAAGGCUGCAAUAAUUUUCCUCCAAGAAAAAUAUCUCUACAGUCUUCUCACUUCAGACCUUUUCUGUGAAUGCAAAUCUGACAUUAACUGCCAUUAUUAAUAUCUUAACAAAUCUCAGCUUAAGCCUGAGCAAUAUAAUGGGUGACAUUAACAGGGAAAGGGCAUCACAGGGUGACUUUUGUGUCCUUCUGACUAAAGCCUAUUUCAUGAAAGUUACCGCCCAGAUACUCAUUUAAGGGUAUUCAUUUUGUUAGUACUUCAAAAUAUUUUGAAGUAAAACUAGAGAUAGACUCUCCUGUAAAUUGUUGUGUAAGCUAAAAUGAGCAUACAUUAUUUACUCUGUGAGCGUCUACUGAAAUCUUUUGCAUUAGGAAGGUUUAAUGCUGAAGAUAACAAAAUAGUAAAAUUUGAUUCUAUACUUUCCAUCUAUCAAUGAUUACUUUUUGCCACAAAAUAUUAUUAAGCAACAUUUAAAUACAGAUAAAACCAUCUUAUAAACAAAGCAAAUUAAUAAAUACAAUCAAAACCCAUUUGUGUCAGGUUUUCUUCUCGUAUGCACUUUGUCCUCUAAAUUUUAAAAGCAAAUUCUGUGAAAAUUACAAUGAUUUGUAAUUAAUGAUUACAAUAUAACUGUAGAACUUG